CGGCCUCUCGCGCCAUCCGCUUCCCGGGACCCGCCGGCGCCCCCUGCACUGCCCGCCGGGCGCACCGGCCUCUGUCCACAUCGUUUUAGGGUUUCAGUGCCGCUCGGCUUAGGAGGGCUCCGUCACGUUAGGCAAAUGCAGGCUCUGGGCUCCGCGCGGCACGACCUCGCGGGGUCCGGGAGCGCCCCGAGCGCGGGGAGCGUGGCCCCUGCGGGCGGCGGGCCUGGCGGAGCGGGAACCCCCGCGGUGGCCGCUUUCCCGGCAUUUGGGACGAGGCCCGCCCGGCCCGCAUCCCCGGUACCCGGCACUGCAACCCCAGGAAGCGAGGGUUUGUGAUCCCGGCCCGCGGGGGCCCUGCGUGCUCGCCCCGAAGGUUCUAGAUCCCGCAUUUCAGCCCCGCCGGCCCGCAGAGGCGCGGCGCCUUUAAGGACCCGUCCCACCCAGUCAGGCGACCAAGCCGUCGCUUAGCAACGGGACGCCGCGCGACCCUGGUGGCGCGGGCCGCGGGGAGGCCGUGCCUUGCCUUUCCUUCUUCCCCGAGCAGCUCCCGCGGACGGACGGCGGGAUGUCCCAGGAGAACCCCGGAGAGUGCGGGGCGCCCGUGGAGUGCGCGGCGUCCGGAGAGUGCGGGGCGCCGGUGGCGGGCGCGGAGCCCGCGGAGCCCGAGGCCCAGGCCGCCCUGGAGAAAACCAGCGACUACUACCGCGUGGACAAGGACCUGCCGGCUCGGUUCAACCACCCCGCGUGCUUCCGGGGCUACAGGAGGACCAAGGAGCCCGCCUCCGUGUACAGGACCAGUAACCAGACCUACGGGAGCAGAGCGCCCACCGUGCACGAGAUGCCGAAAGCGUUCUACGCAUAUUCAAAUAGCUUCUCCAGAUGGCUGGCGGCCGCGGGAAUGUUCCGGAACACUUCUUUCAACGUCCACAUGGAGAAGAGCUCGGUGUCGGGCGCCGACAACUGCAUCACCUCCUACAACCGGCUGAACUUCCACCCCAGCUACAAUAUCCGCAGGCCCUCCAUCUGCAACGACUGAGGCCGGGCACCCCCCUCUCCCCCGCCCCCCGUAGCUGCGGGACAGGACGGCCCGAGCUCACUGCUGUCCCUCAAAACGUCUUUCCUCCGUGAGGCCCUUUCCCGUCCGGCAUUGGAGGUGGAGAGGGGGCCGCUGCCUUGCCUUUGCAUUAAAAUGUUGCCACAUCCUGAG